AUGGAGUCUCUCUAUGUACUGCUGAUACUGCUGGCAGCUUUUAUAGCUUCAUUCAUAGUAGCAGUUGCAGGAGCCAUUCAGUCUAAGUACUUCAACUUCAGUAUCCCUCCUGGAGUGAAUCAACCUGGAAAGCUUCGCCUUUUCUAUGCUUUUAUGAGAAGUGCGUCUGCUCUGGGCAAGAUUCUGGAAAAGCUGGGGGUGUGCAGCCAGAUCACCUUCAACCGCUACCUGCAGGCCGGGAAGAAGCUGGGGCCGGAUCCGCAGCUCUGGCAGGAGGAUGCCCGCUUCGCCGGGGUGCCGGUGCGGGUCUACCGACCUCGGGCGCCUGCCUCCGGCCUGCGGCCGGGCGCCAUCUUCUUCCACGGCGGCGGCUGGCUGUACUGCAGCAUCGAUUCCCAUGAGAAGAUAUGCCGGUACAUUGCCAAGGGAGGCGAGCUGGUGGUUGUGUCUGUUGGGUACCGUCUGGCUCCUGAACACAAGUACCCUGCUGCGUAUGAAGACUGUCUUAAUGCUACCAUACACUUCAUGAGAAAUACAGAACACUAUGGCGUGGAUCCUGCCAAUGUUGUUGUCUGUGGGGACAGUGCUGGGGGAAAUCUGGCAGCUGCUGUUACCCAGACUCUUGCAGGCAGAUCAGACCUCCCUAAACUACGUGCUCAGAUCUUGAUCUAUCCAGGCCUUCAGGCAGUGGACUUCGAUUUGCCAUCCUAUCAGCAGAACCGCGGAGUUCCUCCCUUACUCCGAGAACAUGUUGUCUUCUUUGCUUUGCAGUACCUAAACGGGCAUACAGAAAAUAUGGAAGAGGUCUUAGAGGGUUCUCAUAUUCCUCCAGACAUGAGGCUGAAAUGCAGGAUGUGGGUGAAUCCAGAUAACAUCCCCAAAAAAUUUAAAGUCAGAGGCUACAAGCCACAUGAGCCUGCUGAAUUCAAGGCUGAAGUUUAUGAGACAGUGAAAAGGUUCUGCGAGCCCAGCCUGUGCCCACUGCUGGCUGAAGAUACUGUUGUCCAGCAGCUGCCCGAGUCUUUCAUCUUGACCUGUGAGUAUGAUGUGCUGAGGGAUGAUGGCCUGCUUUACAAGAAGAGACUGGAGGACAACGGUGUCCAGGUGACCUGGUACCACCUUGAAGAUGGAUUCCAUGGGAUCUUAAGCCUCUAUGAUAAUUUUGGCUUCUCAUUUCCAUCGGGGAAGAAGGGGUUGGACAGCAUUGUUGAAUUUGUAAAAGGCCUGUAAACCCACUUUGCCCUCCUCAUGCUUCUUUCACUGAUGUCUGCAUCCGGACUCCCAAACUUCAGGUAGUACUUGUCAGAAAAAAUGUGAUAUCCUAUGAUGUGUUAAAUAGUAAUUCUGAUUCAUGAACUUCAGACGCUGUCUGAACACUGCCUUUGUCCUCGGUGAGACAACUGACAGUUCAGUCUUUACAGUUGUAAUGUCUUUCCCUUUGCUGUGUUUCAAUCCCUUUCCUUUGAAAUCAGUGUCUGAAUGAUUCCUUGUAUCUAAUUACCUCAUGAUUCACUUCCAUUCACUUCCGGGGAGCUGGACUAGAUGAUCUCUAGAGGUCCCUUCCAACCACUAAAAUUCUGUGAUUCUACAUAAAUAAAAUCUGUGGAAUGAUUUGCAUUAAAUAACUCCUG